AACCGGAGUGAGUCGGUUCAUUGACGUUUGGCACCCGAUUCUCCCGCUUCAGGUACACGAAUCGGGUUAUUUAACCGGCUCUUCGGUCAGUUCGUCAACACUAGUUCGCUGGUGGAGACAACAGACGGGCACUAUGGGAGGUCAAAGGACUGACCUGGGGCCUGUUGGUUGCUGAGACCAGCGGCUCCUCAGCUGAGAUGUUCUUUUUACCACAACGCCAUGUCUCUCCUUUAUUAAAUACAUUUUAUUUCACCUUUUGAUCUGCGAUGACCUCUGUCCGUCCGGCGUUUCUUCAUUUUUGAAUACGGGCAAUGUUUUGAUAACCGACAGCCAGCGGAGAGAGAGCACCACCGGACUGACAACAGCCCCCCCGCCCCGCACCCCCCUCCGCACCCCGGCCAAACCGUUCACUCGACCACUAGAAAUGGGUUAUUUAGCAUGCGCGGUCGAUACAUAUGUCCCUUUAUUGUUUCGAAGAACAAUACUUGGAAUGCCUAAUGCAUUCCCACAAAUAUUGUCCUCAGAUGUUGUUUUUGUGCUGUUCUUUCUACAGACGGGGAAAAACUACUCAAUCGAUCACUGAUUUGCAAUCGGUGCUCUGCUAUUUCUCCUGACAUCUCCUUAUCCAGUUCGGAUCGCAGUACAGGCAGUACGCUUUUCUAAAGCAGAGAUGUUUCGCAAUCAGUACGACAACGACGUGACGGUAUGGAGCCCGCAGGGCCGCAUUCAUCAGAUCGAGUAUGCUAUGGAGGCCGUGAAGCAAGGCUCUGCAACAGUGGGACUCAAGUCCAAAUCCCAUGCAGUCCUGGUUGCUCUGAAGAGAGCCCAGUCUGAAUUGGCUGCCCACCAGAAGAAGAUCCUCCAUGUUGACAACCACAUUGGCAUCUCCAUUGCCGGACUCACUGCUGACGCCAGACUGCUUUGUAACUUCAUGCGUCAGGAGUGCUUGGACUCAAGAUUUGUCUUCGAUAGACCCCUCCCUGCGUCACGUCUCGUCUCUCUUAUUGGCAGCAAAACCCAAAUCCCCACACAGAGGUAUGGAAGGAGGCCUUAUGGUGUUGGACUCCUCAUUGCUGGGUUUGAUGACAUGGGACCUCACAUCUUCCAGACCUGCCCCUCAGCCAACUACUUUGACUGCAAAGCGAUGUCCAUCGGAGCGCGCUCCCAGUCCGCACGCACCUACCUGGAGCGAUGCAUGGAGAAGUUCUCCGACUCUAAUCUGAACGACCUGGUCCAGCACGGCCUCCGCGCUCUUAGAGAAACGCUCCCCGCCGAGCAGGACCUCACCACUAAGAAUGUUUCCAUCGGCAUUGUGGGUAAGGACAUGGAGUUCGUCAUUUAUGACGAUGAUGAUGUCGCCACGUUCUUGGAGGGGCUGGAAGAGAGGCCACAGAGAAAGGUCGCCCAGCCCGCCAACGAACCUGCCGUUGCUGGAGAGGUACCCGAUGAGCCGAUGGAGCACUGAGGCGUCCGCUUCCUGUCAACUGCAACUCACCAGAGUAAACCUUUGUGGGGGAGAAGUUGUUAUGUUAUGUGCCAUCCGUCAAUCCAAAAUAUCCUGCGAACAUCUACCAACGUGAUGUUGCUUUUCUAUGAGAGAAAUGUAUCAUUAUACAAGUAAUAAAACUCUUUUUUUGAAUUGUGCAGCAGCUCUUCAUUACAACAGUUUCCUCCUGAAGACGCUCAGUAUCUAAAUGAGCACAUUGAAUGUGACGGACAGCUGAGUUCAUAAUAUGUAGAGUAAGAAUAAAGUUUUAAUCACUGA